AUGUAUUUCUCCAUUUUAUCGAUUGUCGCUCUAGCAACGGCAUCAUCCGUCACUUUGGGUCAAUCCUCCGGUUGUGGGAAAGAUAUCCCCGCCUCGUUCCCUCAACCUGGCUUGAACACCACAGUCACUCUGGGCGACCGCGAAUUCCAGCUGUUUAUUCCAGCCCACUAUGAGAAGUCUUUGCCAGCACCAGUGUACUUCUCCUAUCAUGGUGCUAGUCGUGACAUGUACGAGGAAAUAGGCCUCAGCCAGUUCUCGAACCCCGAGUUCAACAAGGACGGUAUCGCUGUUUACCCUAACAGUAAGAAUGGCUACUGGCUCUCCAACCCUAAGGCCAAUGUUACCCGUCCGAACGAUUUGGACUUCACCAACGACGUCCUGACCUAUCUGGAGGAGUCGUUAUGUGUCGACACUACUCGUGUGUAUGCUGGUGGAAAGUCCAACGGUGGAGGUAUGGUUGGUGUGCUUGCGUGUAAUGCUACCGUAGGCGCACGUUUUGCAGCUUUUGCCGCAGUUAGUGGAGCUUGGUACAAUACUACUGAGAUUGAUGGAGUGGGCACAUGUGCCCCUCUGCCCAGAGAAGAGGGAUAUCCUUUCCUCGAGUUCCACGGUGUUAUCGAUACAACUGCCCCUAUCGAUGGCAAAAAUGCUACUCACCCCAAGUUAGCUGUCAUCGAUAUCCUCGAGCAGUGGGCCGAGUUAAACGGUUGCCCCAAGGGCGCCGAGUGGGCGAGCAACGAGACGGUCUUUACAGAGCCUCUGGUCAAGCAUGCUUCAUGGAACUGUGGUGGUAAGAAUGGUAUUGUGCAACACUAUCGUGAGGGUGACAAUGGUCACUGCUGGCCUAGCACUGUCUCGAACGAUGAUUAUGUCAGACUCGCUGCUCAGUGCCCCCUUGGCCACUAUGUCUUCAAUGCUACUGAGUACAUUUUUGACUUCUUCAGCCACCACCAGUUGAAUCCGUAG